AUGCAGAGUUGCAGCGCAAAGAUUCUAGAGAAGACAUUUGACCAGUGGUUGAGAUAUAAAGAUGAAUGUAUGAAGAAGAUGGCAAAUGAUCCUUAUCCUUCAGGCCUCUUUUGCAACCGGACAUUUGAUAUGUAUGCAUGCUGGCCAGAUGGGAAUCCAGGAGCUAUUGUCAAUGUAUCUUGUCCUUUCUAUCUACCCUGGUAUGAGAAAGUUAAACAUGGAGUUGUGAGCCGCCAAUGUGGGCUUGACGGGAAUUGGGUGCUGCUGAAUGGGACGGCGUUCUGGAGGGACCAUGUCCAGUGUAUCGAAGAGACGGAAACCACCAUGAAAGAGGAAGCAACUCAUCACCUUAUGGUCAGCUUCAAAGUCCUCUACACAGUGGGCUAUUCGCUGUCGCUUCUGGCCCUGAUCUUGGCUCUACUCAUCUUGACUGUCUUCAGGAGACUUCGCUGCACUCGGAAUUAUAUUCAUGCUAAUCUUUUUGCUUCCUUUGGUCUACGGGCCAUUUCGGUGAUUGUGAAGGAUGCGCUGCUGGAGAAGAUGUGGGGAAGGGAGACCUUCCAGAUGUCUGACUGGGAAGACUUAUUGAGUCACGAGGCUGCCAUUGGUUGCCGGGUGGCUCAGGUCUUGAUGCAAUAUUGCAUUCUAGCCAAUCACUAUUGGUUUCUGGUGGAGGCCAUCUACCUGUACAAACUGCUGAUUGGCGCCGUCUUUUCAGAGAAGAAUUACUACACGCUGUACCUCUACCUUGGCUGGGGGACCCCUGUGGUCUUUGUGGUACCCUGGAUGGCAGCCAAAUACUUGAAGGAAAACACAGAGUGCUGGGGAGUUAACGAGAACAUGGCUUACUGGUGGAUUAUCCGUAUCCCUAUUCUGCUGGCAUCAAUGAUUAAUCUGUUGAUUUUCAUGCAAAUCCUGAAAGUGAUCUUGGCUAAGUUACGGGCUAGUCAAAAGGACUACACAGAUUAUAAAUUGCGGUUAGCCAAGGCCACCCUCACACUCAUCCCUCUCUUUGGGAUUCAUGAAGUGGUCUUCAUCUUCGCCACGGAUGAGCAAACCACGGGAGUCUUGCGCUACAUCAAAGUUUUCUUCACACUUUUCCUCAACUCCUUCCAGGGAUUCCUGGUUGCUGUUCUCUACUGCUUUGCCAAUAAGGAAGUGAAAUCUGAAAUGAAGAAGAAAUGGCAAUUGUGGAGACUGGACCACCCAGCGGUCAGCUGCAGUUAG